UCGUGCACUUGUCAAAGGACAGUGAAGGCACAUGACGUCACACUUGUGUGCACAGACACACGGAGAAAAGAUCUCGACUGACUGACUGGAUCUUUUUUUUUUUUGCAAUUUUGACAUAUUAAAGCGCCACGAUGUUGCCUUUUAAGAGAACUUUUGAAGGCGAAAAGCAUCAGCUUCAGGAGCUGAACGGCCGGCUGGCCCAGUACCUUUCCAGAACACAACAACUGGAGCGAGAGAACGCGCGUCUCAUGGGCGAGAUCAACCAGCUGAGGCAGGCCAAGGUGGCGGAAUGUGAGCCAAGGUACAAGGCUGAAAUGCGGGACCUGAGAAGGACUAUCGAGCGGAUGUCGCUGGAGAAAUCCCGCGCGGUGCUGGAGAGGGAGCGGCUGUGGAGGGAGUUGCAAAUGGUGCGAUCUCUGUGCAGCCAGCAGAGCGACGUGUGCAAGGACAUCAGCGGGGAGCUGCAAUGCUGCGAGAAGGAGCUCCAAGACGCUCACAAAACCAACACUUCACUCCAGCAGCGUUUAUCUGACCUCCACAAUGAGUAUACGUUCUUAGAGGAGGCGCACAAGCAGGAGAUGGGCCACCUCAGACGUCAGGUGGAGUCCAGGGUGGUACCCAUCAUCACUCAAACUUACUCGGGGCCGCCGGCUGCAUCUGUGGAGGAGGUGCAGCAGUAUGCCCGGGGGCUCUCCGAAGGAUGGAUGGAGACUUUGGAAAUGUACCAGCACAAGGUAGAGGAGAUGGAGCAAACCAUAAAGGCAGACCAAGCCUUGCUGAAUGACCUGCAGAGGGAGAAGAUGCUGCACGUCACAGAGUUGGACAAACUACGCACGGAUGCGGAAAAACAAGGGCAGCUUCAAGUUCGUCUUGAGGAGGAACUGAUGCUCAUGCAGGAUAAAUUUAGUCAUGACGUGGGAGACUAUCAGAUGAUUAUUGACCAACUGGAACGUGAAAGGAGCAUGAUGGCUGAUGCGAUUGGACAGAAGAUGCAAGAACAUCAGCAUCUUCUCCAGGUCAAGAUGGAUCUGGGCAUGGAGGUGGCUGCCUACAGGGCUCUCUUGGAAGGUGAGCGAGCUGGUCUCCAAGAUGCUCAUAGGAGGGUGAAUCAACAUCAGAGAGAAAGAUUAAUAGAUAUCAAGAUGCCCAGCCAACCCUACACUCCAAGAACUACAACCAGACAGCGUAUGGACGUCAGGGUUUCACCACCCACUUCUAAUCUGAGAAGAUCUCCUGUGGUUCAGUCAGGGUCCAGAAGUCUCUCACGGGUCAUUCCGAUUUCACUUACAACCAGGACACAGCAUCAGAGUCCUGCUUCCAGAAGGGACAUGAUCUCGUUUGCUAAAGCCAAGAGUGCCUCUUCUACCACUGUUCCCAGUGCCACCAAAGAUAAAGGAGUAGUCAAGAGUGGGCAGCAAAGUCAGAAGUCAACAAGAACGGAAGAGAAAAGUAAGAAAAUCGAAUGGAUCUCACAGGGAGAAAACCAAACUAGUCCCAUCAAGUCUUCUGCUGCUGAGACCACAUCAAGUAGAGUGCUCUCACCAGUGAUGAAGAGCCUAGACACAAAACCAAGGAACAUGAAAGUCGUAGAUGAACCAGAUAAAGGCGAUGACAAGGGGUUGAAGGAUGAAAGUGAAACCAAGUCCACGAUGGAAAGAAGUCAGCGAAUGGCAUUAGACAGUGUGUCUGUUGAGGAGAUCAUUGAGAAAGUCAUCAAUCCAGCUGGUUUGGAAGCCAAGGAUUCCUCCGCCGGAGAAUCAAAUGUGACCUAUCACGUAGAGAAAACCAAACAAGAGGAUGGCUCGACUAAGACCCAGAUUGUGCUGGAGUCCAAGGUGAAGGAAGAAGUGGAUGUUUCUGAAGACUCUGCCCUGGAUCAGCUGCUGAGUCAAGGAGUGAAGAAGGUAUCCCUGGAUGAUAUUGAGGACACAGCAACAGGCAGCAUGAUCAAGAACUUGCUAAGUGGUCUUCAGGGUGAGGGGAAUCUACAAAAUAGGUCUGUUAAUGUGGAGAUAAUUGAGCAAGCAGUGGAGUCUUCCAGCGAUGACAUAGCAGAGAAGUGUUUUUAUGAGCCCUCAUCAUAUUUCCAAAUUGAAGAGAUGGAAAAUGACCAAGAUGAUCAGAGUGCUGAUGAUGGCAUGAAAAUGAUGGUUGAUUGCAAGGGUGGAUCUGUUGAGGUUCAGGAGGUCAUCAAGGAGAGUGAAGCUUUGUAUUUCACCCACGACCAAGAGCAUGAUGAGUAUUUUGCCUCCACACCCGAUGAUCUCUCAGAACCCGAAGAGACCUGUGGCAUUACAUCAUAUGGUCAUUACGGUAUUGUGGACGACUUAUCUGAUGAGAGGUAUUAUCAAGAUGACAAACCUCCUCAAAGUAGAACCAUCAUUGAGGAACAUAGCGACUACAAGUUUACGCCAGGAGAACGCCCUUUUCUCAGAGAGAGUAUUCCUGAAUGCAUCAUUGAAGAGGAGAUCCGUGUUUCCCCCAUAGUGCAGGAGUCGGUGCUGGAGUUACUGCGAGGGGACUCUUUGGCACCUAAAGAACAGCUGAGGGGAGCUUUGGAGAAGUUACAAGGUUCAGUGUCAGGUCCACUGAGGGAGGAGUUAGCUUUUCUAACUAAAGUUAGCAGUGAAAAUCCACAGAAUGUGGCUUUUGACAUCAAGAAAAUGCAGCAGUCCAGUGACAGUGGAACCACCACCAUAGUUGCAGAGCUGAACGUCUCCCAAACUCUGGAGGACUCUGGGCUACUCGAUGAUGACGAUUUAUCCGAGGAGCAGAUCUUGGAAGCUCUGAGGUCUUCCCACAUGGGGAGUGACUUGCAAGGAGCCGCAGGGGAAGGCUACAGCUUCAGGAUCUCCAAGGAACAGCAUGUUAUGCUUAAUGAUGAGUUCGACUUUGCAAGGGAAGGCGAGUCUAUGUCAACUGUUACAGAGAGACAAAUCAAACAGGGGCCAUCAGAGAAAAUGCUUCACUUUCAGAUGGAGGGGCACAGCAGUCAUACCGAUGCUACCGCUGAUCAAGAGUGAAUGACACGAUCGGUUGCUUACCUUGAAAGAAGAUUGGGAGUAAUUACGUAUCUCCUACCAUUUACAGAGGACACAACAUCCCUUUAAUUGUAGUACCCGUAAUGGGAUACGAAGGACUGGGAGGUAGAAAGGAUCAGUUCUUCAACACUGUUUCUUAUCAAUGCAAUACCGGCCAUACUUCUUAGAUUAUCUCCACCUAUUUUUCUGGAAUUAUUUCAGUAUACCAAAGAAGGAACCAUAUGGACUUGAAUCUCAUUUUAAUCAAAGGCCAGAUUGGUAGAUGACUCUUUCCAUCCACCGUCAUCCGAUAUUUGGAGCCUAAAUGACUCUGAAUAUCGGACAAGAUAUGAUAAGGGUGGUUGAGGUUAAAGGCUAUAUUGCUAUAUGUCACCUGUCCAUGUCCCUACUGUCCUAUGCAGACACUUUCCAAUAUUAUGUUAUACAGUCUUGUGCAAAAGUCUUAGUCCAUCACUAGCUGUAUUGUUUUAAUGACUUUAAAUCAGCACAGACUCAAUUAGCAGGAAUACGCUAAAAAUUCCAAAUACUUUUUUCUAGGAGUGGCACAUGGAUUACGUUUAUGACUACUGUCUGAGUCACUAUGGCAUCAAAAGAGCGAUGCCGUAGCCUGCUAACUAACUGAUGGACAAACACAAACACACUCUGCAGUCCAGGUUUUGCAGAGGCCUAGGUCUAGAUGGUCAUUAAAGCAUUGCUAAAACAACAAACCUUAAUGCACCUUUGCACAACACUGUAUAUUGUUUUUACUUAUAUUGCACCCAACGUGAUCGAUGUAGCUGGGAUCGUAGUAAAUGUUUCCAAAUAGAAUACUCAGUGAUAAGUGAUUGCAUUCUGAGGAUUAUACACAUCAUCUGCCACAAUUUUGAGGUUUUUCUAGUAAAACACUAAACCCUGAAGUUGCCACGGCACCCGUUGUCUUAUGUUUAUGGCGCUGGUACCACAUAGAUACCCUAUACCAAAUACUGUAAUACACAUAUUUUCACUUAAAUUGAUUUUCAUAUUUUACCAAUUGUUAUAGUAGUCAAAAAUGUUGGCAUAUAUCUGGUGAUGGUAAGAACUUUAUAGCUCACGGUAUGCUUUUGGAAGUAUCUAUUUCUGUCCUACCCUUUGCUGUGCAGGUUGUACAUGUGGUCGUGCCAUUCCCAGCACCCUUCAUUACCCAGCUUUCACAACUUUGUAUGCCAGGCUUGAGAGUUGUGCUGGGAGUCAUAAGGGGGCUGUGUGCAGUUUUUGAAUUAUAUUAUCUGCUUAUAUGUAGAAUUGUCCAGCAGAAUCUUUCAGAAUGAUAAAGUACGUAGCAAAGAGGAAAUGGUUGCAGUGUCUGGACACUGUUUGCUUGACACGUUAUCCACGUGGCUAAAAGGGAUCCUUAUGUAAGCGUGUGUUCAUUACCGCUCACUAUUUUUGUAUUGGCUUAGUGGCGCUGAGUGUUCACAAGGUUUUGGUGUGUCGUGUACAUGUUAAAAAGGGGCAGCAAAAGGUCACAUGGCUACUUGCUGUGUACAUUUCUCUCAGUAGCUUCUGAGAAAAAGGAAUGUUUAGUUUAAACUUCAUGUCAGUUCAACAUCAGAGCUUCUGUGUGAAAUGACACACUGUGUGUCUUUCAUAGCAUGAAUUGUUCACCUCAACAUCAGUAUGUUUAAGGGCUGCUUCAUGAUACGAUCUAAACACAUUCUGGCCUAUUAUUGACAUGAAACACAACUAAUGUAGCUUUUGUUGACAAAGAGCUUCCUCUUACAACUUAAUAAACAAAUACUGUGAGUAUGUUUUCAGAGUGUCUGCAUUUCUUAAAUCGUAUUUUAUUCGGAAUUAAAAAGUGACACAACGUCAGUCCCUGCCAGGGUCAUAAGAUCUUUGCAAGUUUUGUAUUAUUCACACCUUUUAAAGCUGCAGCUCAGACUUACUUUUAUUUUACCAUCUUGUGGUGACAGUUUACCCAACAACAAACUGCAGGUCUCCAAGCACUAAAAUGAAAAACAAAGCUAAUCAGAAGCAACAUAGUGAGUCAACAUUGAAAGACGAGAGUCCCAACUCGUAUUCAGAAGGGAAUAAACAGUAACAGACAACACAUGCAUGCACUAAACAUCCCCAAAAUAACCUCUGUAGCACUUAAAGGUUUAGAUAACACCUACUAUGCGCACCACUUAGAAGAGCAGGUCAACAAGAGGCCCUAACAGGAUUAUUACAGGGGCUAAAAAAAGCCGGGUCAAAGUAAAGAGUUCACGAGUGAAACUUUCACGUUGCUUAUACUGUACGUAGCAUUAAAAUAAAUAAAAAGAGGCUGCGCUAUGAGGUAUGAAAGCUGUCAAAGUACAUAACGAUGCGAAAGAUGUCAUAAAAGAUUGUCUGGUGUGAGUGAAAUCUGGAGGUUUGAGAGAAAAACACUGAAUUAAAGCAGUGACUAACAGGGCUAACUUCUCCCUCUUCGCUGAGCAAAGUUGUGUAAUCUGGAUUGGAUCCAUCUGGCCUCUUGGAUGUUUUCAGUGUUGCUAGGGUUGAUGUAAUGGAAGACCUUUUUUUCAGCAGCACAACACAGGAAGAGGAGGGAAAUGUCAGCAUGAGUGUGUAUGCGAAGACUUGUCUUUGUUUUCUGUGCUUUUCAGACGGUAUAAGCAGCAUUCCUUUGGAAAAAAUGACUCGGUAGUGCAGAUAGUGACAAAACAUUUCCACAAUGUGUCAUUGUUCCAAAAUGUUCUGUCAAAACUUAGUGAUGAGAGACCUGUCAUACAUUGGCCCCCCUACUUGGAUGCAAUAACAAACCUCCCUAGGAACAGUGAUGCAUGUUCUCCAGGCAUGCUGUUACUAGUAGGAAGUGCAUUCUGGAGUCAUCUGCAACAAUGAUCUAUAGUAGGCGUGCAGACAAUUUUUUAUGACAUAAUCAAUGCAGAAAAUGAUUGACUCGAGCUGUUAAUGUGAAAUGUAACGUAUGUUGCAAAGGACAUUACUCUGAAGGCCUUUAACACUAAAUGGGGUCAUGCGCCCUUUCAAUGCAGGGUAGUUAGCCUUUCGCUUGCUAAAAAAGUGUUUGCCAUCUGUCAGGUCCCAUCCACAUUGAGGAAGUGCACAAAGUCACUGUGAUAUUUUACACCAGGGAGGGCUACUUUGCCCAGUGCAACCUUCCAAGAUUAGUCUUUGACUCUGAUAGCACCCCCUUUAGAGAGGUGGGUAGAAAUAGCUUAUCUGUAUAUGAUGGUGGCUUUUGUAUUUUAUUUUAAUAGUGGGAGGUUGUCAUGGUCUUCUCUGAUGGUCCAAACACUAAAAAAAUAAACACACACAAAACAUAUUUCUUUUUUGAUGCUAUUACCUUAUAUCAGAGGUGUCCAAAGUGCGGCCCCGGGCGCCACUUGCAGCCCGCAACUCGUUUUGGAUUGUAGAAUUUAAAUUAAACAAAAAAACCAAACCAACAGCAACAAGGGGGAAAAAGAGCAAAAAGGUGCAAUGUAACGAGAAAAAGCUGAAAUGUGAUACUACUAAUUAGGAAUAAAAUGCACGUUUUGCCUUUAAAUACACACAAAACAAAUACAUCUUUUUUUUCUGCCUUUUUACAAAAUAAAAAAUAUUAAAAUGGCCCCCACAUCCUUUGACUUUUCCAUAUGUGGCCCCUCAAAAAAGUUUGGACACCCCUGCCUUAUAUGUUUAGUUUAUAUUUAUAGAUAAAAGCUCUAAUAUAGACAACAAAGGGAGCUUUGAAAUGAUGAUGAGGUACUAUUUUACAUAAUGAAUAUGUACUAUAUAUAUAUAUAUAUAUACAAUAUUAUCCAUAUGAUAUUUAUUACAGUACAGGUGUUCAAAUGACUGACAGAUGCUUUUGCCAGAUUUUGAAUUAGCCAAACAUGGGAGUUCUGUGAUGACGUCAGCUUCAUUUGAUUGGAUGGUCAGAAAGACUGCAAAUCAGCGCUAACCUAGCUAGCCGUAUUGGUUCAAAUGUUUUUGUUAAGGUUUCUAGGUUUCUUUUGUCAACUACAAAUGUAUGGAAAACUUUGAUAUAUUCGCCAAAGUAGUGGAAAUGCAACUGGACAGACAGGAAUGUUCCUCCAUGAUGGAAUGUACUUAUUGUUGUUCAGGGGCGGCACCAGGAAUUCUGGGCCCCAUGACAGAAAAAUCACCUGGGCUACAAAAAAAAAACAAAAAACGGGUCCAUUGACACCUUUUUCGUUUGCCUCUCUUCACUCACCUUUCUCUCUUUGCCUUUUUCACUCCCAGACAUUAUUUCACAAAUAAAUCUAAUUAAUACAAAGUAUUUCUUUUUUAGCUUUUAAUUUUUAGUAAAUUACUAGCGACGAGCAAGUAGUCCUGCAGAGCGAGUAGCUACCCACAGAAACAACAACAAAAUGAAACCCUGCAUGUUUCUAUUGUCUAAUUAAAAUGUGUUGAAAAAUAAUGCUUAAAAGAGAAGUCGGUGGGACUUUGUUGUUCUCUCGGGACCAGAACGGGUGGGAAAUUUGGAAUCUGACCCAGCAAAAAAAAUAACAAAGCAUCAAAAUUGGUUCUGUUAACAAUAAUGUUAGCUAGCAGCUUUUAACUAGCAGAUGAAGUGUUUAGCGGUUUAGCUGUUGUUAUAGCAAUACCUCACUGAUCAAUGACAAUACUAUUAGGCUGAGCGAUUUGAUGGCAUUCAGAAAGUUAAGUAGAGCUGGAAUGUGACAUUAGUCGACGUCAAAAUCUUGACUUUCCACCAAACAUCAGCAAAAAUACAGAUUGUUUUAUGCAUUAUCCACUAAAGCAGGAAGCUAUAGAAACAGUAUGGGAGAUAUUUGCAUGAAUAAUACAUAAAUUGGCUAAACUGGCUAAAUAUGUAAAUGGUGCUCAGCUAUUUGCUGACCAGCAUGUUGGCCAGCAUGCACAAUGGUGCAGGCCUGAACGACCACAUGGAGGUCAUUAGCAGUUGAGUGUCCUAUUGUGAUGCUUGCGUUUGUGUGUUCCCCCUUUGCUGAUAGUGGACUGUAUCGAUUCUGACGUGAUGCCUAACACAGAAACAUUUUCGAAGUGCAGGGCAGCUCCUUAGAUAUUUGACAAGAGCAACUCCUGCUUGCAUGAUAGACAGUUGUUUGUUUGGUUCCCAUGACAACAUCAUAAGGAUCUUGACAUAUAGGAAUUCCUUGUGUUCCCUUUGCCUGUAACUCAGGCCUGGCCCGUAUCAGUGCAUAUAGUCCUGCUAUUGUUUUGUUGUUGAGGAGUGAGGAUGAGGGCCAAGUUACUGGAGACAUGAGGCCCCUCUUAAGGGUCUCCGUGCUCUGACUCACAGCCACGGCAUAAGACAGAUCACAUAUAAUAGGGGUGUCACAAGAUCCCGUGUCUCUCAAGAUUAAAACGUGAUGAGAGUUCUUGUUCUGAAAAAAAAACAGUCUCACAAUAAUAAAUUAAUCACAUGAUGAAUCAAAAGGAACUCAGUAAUUUUGCCGGCCUUGAUACUGUAUAAUGCCCUGUACAUGCGUGUCUGUUUUCCUCGUCUCUUGCCUCCAAACAGGCAGGAAGAGAGUUUACUUUGUGCUUUUCAGCCUCUGGGCAUGUUUGCUCCAUAACACAUAACGGUACGGAUCAAGUGAGAUCUCUUGUCAGUUAUACAAUCGCUUAUACAAUUGAGGGGAGACGGGGCCGCUAGCAUACACAGAGCUAAAGAGUGUUGCCUCAUCAGGAGCAAUGCAAAGUAACGUAGUAGAAAUUAGGAGCGAAAAGGAUGCUUGCAAAGGCAGAUGCCACAGCCCUUGUGCAGAAAUAUUUUGCCUUCAAUUUAUUCUAUUUGAUUAAUAAAGUAUCUAUCGAUCUGUCUAUCUAUUUAUCGAUCUGUCUGUCGGUCCGUCCGUCCGUCUGUCUACCAAGUGUACUUUUGUUGCCGGAUCAUGAGGUUGUUGUAGCCACUUAGCUAUUGCUAAAGAAUUGUUGCUAGUUGUUGAGUUGAGUACAGUAUGUUCUCUUGGAAAAGUAAUAUGCUUUUGUCUAAACGAAGGUGAUUUUAUGGUUCUUUUGUUCACAUCACAUAUCCAAUAGCAGGGGUGUAGCCAGGAAUGCUGUGCUCCAUGAAAAACAAAUCACUUUGUCCCACCGGCAAGUCCACUUCCGCCUUUGUCACAUUGACACAAGUACCCAAAUAGCUGUCCUCGUCUAUGCCUGCCAGUAGCUAGCUGCUUUUCUUAAAAAUAAUGAUAAAAAAUCUCGUCUUUUCUCUUCCUCGUGGACUCGCCUUUGUGAGCUGGGUGUCUCAUGACACCCCUGGUGGAUGCACAUCAAUACUGGUCAUUCAAAGACAACCCCCUCCCCGUCAUAGUGCAAGGUUCUACUUGAGCUACAACUUUGCAGAACGGUAAGUGGGGGUAUGCUGACUCCAUUAUCCUUUACAGGGACACUGAAUCAAUAACGCAACAUCUUCGGGCCUUCUAAUGUAUUGUAAAUGUAAUACAGCUGCCCUUGCAAGGAGGCUGUCUACUGUAUGUCCGCAGAGAAAACACCGUACCGUAUGUAUGUAAAUAUGAGUUUGGAUGCAGUAGUAAUAUUAAACGAGGAUAAUUAAUGAAAAAAACAAUAGUAAAAAUGAUAUAAUAAUACGUAAUGAUAAAUGUUAUUUACCUUUGAAGAGGAGUGGUCGAGCAUACGUCGUUGUGGAGGAGUUGGAGGAGGAGAUAUUGAAAAAAAGGACAAGUCGUCGUCGUUAGACUCUUCUAAAAGAGGUAGUGUUCUGUGGGUGGUGUAGAAUUAAGCAGGCCUAUUAACUCUUCAUAAACUUUAAUCACAUGCUCUGUCAGGGUUGUAUAAUUUAGCUUUCCAUUUAGCUUUAUCUCCCCAGUGUCUAACUCUUCCUCUGUUGGUCCCAUUAGCAGUGUCACAGUGCCCUCUACUGGUCAAGCAUGUACAGUAGCAGUUUAAAUACUGAUUGAGCGACUACAAGGAAAAUAAAAUAAAAUAUAGACCAGUCGGCUUGUGUUCGUAUCCACGAGUGUUCGCUAGUCGGAUGUUUGUAAGUUGGGGACCUAGUGGAUUGCGAUAUUUGUGAUAGAUUAUCGAUACGCUCCAGUCUCACCAUGUAUUGUUUAUUUGUUUUAAUCAAUCACAAACUUCCACUACAAAACUGCUGGAGAGAGUGGGGCUUUCUUGCGAUGAAUGGACUUGGAGGGCCACAGAGUCUUACAUGACAAACACUGCACUUAUAUACAGUAUAAGCAACAACUUGGAAAUUAACUCUUAUGUAUUGCAAAGUGUGGAGACUUGCCGCUUCGGAGCCAGUUGUUCUGCAAAAAUGUAUCACGUAG